AUGAGUUUCUCUGCUGUAGGUGGUUUCAUCAGUUUUAACGGCUCGUUGAGUCAGGGUGUUCUGGCCAUGUCCCGGUCACUCUGUGACUACCCCCUGAAGAACCUGAACGUGCUGAUCCCUGACCCCGACGUGCUGACCUUUGACCUGGACAGGCUACAGCCUCAGUUCAUGAUCCUGGCGUCAAAUGGACUCUGGGAUGCCUUCAGCAAUGAGGAAGCCGUGCAUUUCAUUAAAGCGUGUCUGGUUGAACCGCACUUUGGUGCGAAGAGCAUCGUGCUUCAGGUGUUUUUGCACUGUCCAGACAACAUCACUGUGAUGGUGGUCAAGUUCAGGAAGAGAGGCUCCAGGCCCCAGCCAGCGAAGGAGAAUCAGAUCCCAUGUGUGAUAUCAUAA